AUCCGUGAAGUCGAAGGAAGUUGGUUUACUAGACAAUCUAGCGUUGCAUUUUAGUUUAGCUGUCUAGCUAGCUCAUUUAGCUACAAACAAAUAAUAAUUCACAUAAAUAGUUAUUAUCAACGAUGGACAAGCUUCGUAGUAUGAUGGGGGGGCGAGAAGACAACGAGGAAACGGGUCUCACGGCGCAGGUCCUGGAUGCCUCGACCCUCAGCUACGGCACCCGGCUGAAGUGGUUCGUCAUAUGCUUCGUUUCAGGGAUCCUGUGCUCCAUACUGGGCACUGCACUGCUGUUCUUACCCAAUGGCACCAAGCUGUUUGCUGUGUUCUACACACUAGGUAACCUUGCUGCACUCUCCAGCACCUGUUUCCUGAUGGGACCCGUGAAGCAGCUGAAGAGAAUGUUUGAACCGACCAGACUGAUAGCCACCUGUGUUGUGUUGCUCUGUCUCGUUUUGACUCUUUGUGCAGUUUUCUGGUGGCAAAAGAAGGGACUGGCCAUCAUCUUCUGCAUUCUACAGUUCUUAGCAAUGACAUGGUACAGCAUCUCUUACAUUCCAUUUGCCAGAGAUGCAGUGAUAAAGGUUUUCAACAGCUGUCUGAGUUAGAGAACGGACAGUGCUCUCCCGGGUCUGGGUUCAAAUACUAUGAAAUCACAAGACUGGUCCCAAAUAUGCAAAGACAACAGAGAGAUAUUUUGUAUUUUUCCUUUUCAUUGCUGUUUUGAUACUGUGAAUCAUUAAUAUUUCCAAUAGUUGUAUAAUCAUGUUAGCAGUUAUCUGAAACUAAUGUUUAUUCAUAUUAUGGUUAUCAGGGUUGGGGCCAAUUCCAUUUCAAUUCAGUUAAUUCAGGAAGUAGACUGAAAUUCGGAAUUGGAAUUGGUUUACUUCCUGAAUUGACCCUGAUUGAUGCUUAUUUAACCUUUUGUUUAUUUGUUACUCUCAGAUUGGGUCUGUCGUUUAAAGUGUGUUUAUGCUUCUGUUGAGAGAGAGAGGUGAAUGCUUGAAAUUCAAAUAUAUAUAUAUAUUUUUUAUAUAUAUCAUCCAAAAACACAGGAUUGGGGUCAAGUGGAAUUGAAGGCAGUCAAUUCAGGAAGUGACUUUGAAUUUUAAAAUGAAAACAUUUUACAACUCUCAAAAUAAAUAGCUUUUACUUUUCAGUUUGAGAAGUCAUUAAAAUAUGCCUUUUUCAAUUCUUGAAUUGGAAGUUAAGCUUAUUUCCUGAAUUGACUGCCUUCAAUUCGAAUUGACCCCCGUAUCCUGCAAGUAGACCUAUUUUAUAUCUUGUUUCGUUCAGAGCAGGGAAAGAUCUAUAGACAUUUUGCAAUAUGAUGCUGAAAAUACAACUCAAUGCCUUACCUUUUUCUACUUUGUAUUUUGUCUCAUGACAAUACGAUUUGAUGAUAUUUUAACAUUAAGUUUUCCAUCUUCAGAAGAAUGGAAUAUGACGGUCUAUUUUUUUUGAUGAAUAAAAUGAAGAAAUGUUUUCAUUUUGAAACUGCUCUCCAACUUAGUUCGGCCUUAAAGGGAAAAUUCCACCCAUAAACUCUCUUUUGGUAUUUGUUUCAUUAGUCCAUUGUUGUCAUAGUCCUAAAAAUGUUUUUCUUUUCAGCAAUCAGGUUUUCAAGAUAUGUAAAACGCAGCAUCAUAUGAUGCAAAAUGCAUCAUACGGGGAUUAUUUCUGUAUUUUAAAAGUUACAUAUCUUGAAAACUUGAUUGCUGACGAGCAAAACGUUUUAGGACUAAUGAAACAAAUACCAAAAUAUAGUUUUGGGGUGGAGUUUUCCUUUAAAUGUUGGUGUCAUGCUUAUAUGUUUUUAGAGUGUGCGUGUGUGUUCUUCAUUUCCUAAAAUGCAGAAGACGCGUGUGCGUGCGUGCGUGCGUGCACAACCAUGCGUAUGUGAGUGAUUCCUUGAAACACAUUGUAUCUCCUCGCCCCAUGUGUCCAAGUCAGUGACAUGUAAGUAAUGUGGCUGAUUAGACUCAAAUUGUGUUAUGUUACUAAAUUCUUAAUGGAUAACUACAGUAUCCUGGCGUGCCCUGCCUGGGGCGACAGACAGAUAGACGAUCACAUCACAUUAAACCCACAUCCCUCUCUUGGCUUUUCUCAGCCAAGGACAACAAAGGGAAAGGAGCUACUGUACCGCUGGCUUGUGUUCAUUAGUGCAAACCCUAGCAAAAUGUUUCACAAUGCUUUGCAACUGGGGAGAGAAAAAAAAAGACAUUUCUUAUUGGACAAAUCCCUCUCCAUUUCAGUAUGUUUUCUUCCGUUUGAUGCCUACUGAACAAGACCCAGAUCAACAUGUGUGCAGUGAGUGACAUACAUCAUCUCCUCUCUUACUCCUUCAGCUCAAAGCCCAAUUGCCUGUAAACGAGCUCUCUUUGUUUCUCUAGUUAAGAUGCAGUUUGAGACCUUCUGACUCAGUCACUUCCGUCCUUCUGUUCUGUGUAAUCUUAACCUAAUUACCUACUACACUACCCCAUAGUUUUUUUUAUAUUCGCCUGGUCCCAUAUCUAGCGGUUUGUGCUGUCUUCGCAACGUCUAUGGUCAUUGUCACAAUAAAUAUAUAUGGCAAGGACGGGAAGUGAAAACAGAUUUGGGACCAAUGCUAUUGUCAUGUGGGCAUUGUGUGGUUAAUUCUAAAUCUAAACAACUUCGGAAUAAGCUGGAGCCCUCUGGAAUGGGAUUCUGAAAGGAGGAUGUGGUUGCUACGACAACCACGGGAACUAGGAAUUACCCCUCUGCUGCUCCUCCUCCGUAUUCCCAACGGGAGCAUCCAUGGUCACAUGGUCCAUUAUGGUAAUGAGGGAUUUCAGACAGUAGUGUCACAGGACACCCUGGUCGGUCUGCCUCCACGCCUCUCCUGUCAGAGGUAGUAUGGUUCAAAGGGGAGGAGGGGACUUUUUCCUGGAUUGGCCCAAUACAAUGAGUGGCCUUAACCCACAACAAAGAGAGAAAGCUCUGGGUGAGGAGAGAUGCUUCAUUUGCUCUUUUAAGAAAAACAAUAACAAACCUUUUAAGAUGUGUCAUAAAUCUUUUGUGUUAUUUCGUGUGGUACUCUUAGACAUAUCCUGUUCGCUUCUUACGUAGCUCUACGUGACCUAACACACAGGUUUUUAGACAUCCCUCUCCAGGUGCUUUCUUUAUACACUCGGAACAAAUGUUCGAUUUGGGGUUCUAUAUAUGGAACCGUAGAGGUUCUUUAGGGAUGACAUCUAUCUGAGCAUAGAACCUUUUAUAUGUUUUUAUGAUGAACCAUAUUUUAUCACCGGGAGUACGUGAUCGAUGCCUAUGGUGUUUACCCGGCACAUACCCAGUCUUAUGGAAUUCUAUAACAAUGUUUCAUUAGUAGUGUGAUCAUGGAUCAGGCUUUUAAUAUAAACAUUAAAUCUCCUUUCAGUAGCACUAGUUCCAGUAUGCAUCCCAAAUGGCCCCCUAUUCCCUAUAUGGUGCACUACUUUUGACCAGAACCCGAUGGGAUACUCUACGGUGCCAUGGUGUAAAGUAGUGCACUAUAUAGGGAAUAGGGCGCCAUUUGGGACUCAUUUACAGGGGCUUGGCUUGGCAGGGGGUUCAGCUAAGCUUUUAGGCUCACUGUGACUAUCAGAGUCAUCUGGGAGAGGGAGGAAACCUACAUCUCUAGUCAUGUCCUUUCUUUGGAUGGAGGACCAAUAUUUGUGUUGUUGUUGUUGUUGUUGUGAAUGUGAGUCUGUUUUUGUCCAUUCAAUUAUGAUGACUUUGAGAAGAAAACAACAACAACAACAACAAAAAGGCCCCUGAACCAAACCCCCCUGAUCUGGUGAGAUAUCCCGUUGGUUUCUACCAUUUCUGUUAUUUUGGGAUCGAGGAAGGACAGUUGUUUGUUUCGUUGAGCUUCUUUGAGAGUGAAUGUGCACGAAGAAGUUGACUAGGAGGACAAGAAAGGAAAAUCUCAACUCAAUACAGUAAUCAGGUUUGUCACCGCACCCACCCCACCCCACCCACCCCAGCCAGACUGUCUUUCCAUGUUUAAACUCAUGCGAUCAUCAGCUUUUUUUAUCUGCUGUAUGUGGUUAGUGACAGUUAAAUAAAUAAAGAACAUUUCUGUGCUAAAUUA